CUCAUGAGCAGGAUUUCUGUAUUUUUUUUCCAUGUGGCGCAUUUAUACAGGCCCGGAAACAACGGGAGAUAGUGUGUGUCUGAAAGGAUUUCGCUAGGAUUUUUAUAACGGGCAUUUUGCAUGUUUUGGAGGUCAACAACCCGGGCCGGACGGGACGAUGCACCACUGGUAUAAGCGAUGUACAUCUGAAGUCCUGCUGCCGUCGGACGAGAUCUUAGUAUCUACUUGGUAAGCUUCACCUGUAAAUUACUGGCAGAUCCGAGACUCCAGGUCUCGAGUCGAGAAGCCUCGUGUCUUCCUUCGUCAGAUUGACGGCCAACCAAGAAGACACUCCAAACUAUGUAAAACAAGUCCCCGAGCCUCUUCACCGAGCCCCCCCCCGCGUCCAUACCUGAUGCGAGGUGAGUAUUUCUUGUAAAGACUUGUCAUAAAUUAUUCCAGUGGCCAUUACCGGCCGGAGCACGCGGAGCACACUCCAAAAGGUGCGAAGACACUCGCAGGAGUAAUUAUUCCCAUGUGGAGGAAAAAAGUUGCCCUUUUCCUCUGUGAAGAGGGUGCGAUCUCCCGAGCUUGCGCUAAAAGCGAGCGUAUGUCAUUAUGCCCAUCGAUUGGGGGGGGAUGGGGAAAAUUCCCGCUAAAAAUCGUACCACGUUCAUCUGUCCGUCUGGUGUGGCAUUUGUCGAUCGGUGACACUCCAUCGUGCAUUUGGGAGUACCUUAAGUAAAUAUCUCCGGCAAUUCCUGACUCCAUACUCACACCAAAUUCAGGAAGAGUUCUGUCGUUUUGUGAUCAUGUUUUAUUCACAGAGAUCGAUACACUCUGUGGUGGAAUGCCGAGUAAUACUGUGGCUGUGUGAAGGGAUCAAGAGAGACCGGCAGUAGUUUGAAGUAAUUGACAGGAUGCAUAUUUCCCAGUCAUGUGUACCCAAAAGGUACAUAUUCCAUAAAAUUAGCUCAUGAAAUGAAUUGUGACAAAACUAGCCUAUGUUCUGUAACGGAUAAAUCCUGUUUUGUCGUCUUGGAGUUCAUUUUGAUCGAACUGGAUAACCAAUCAAGGAUUUUAUCCUAUGUUUUAAGCAGUUAAACUCAUUCGUAUGUAGAUGGGCCAAUUGUUGAAUCUUUUUCACAUUUUGUGUCCGGUAAAAAUUGUUCUGCUGAAUCAAGCGAAUGAUAUAAUCGAACAACACACUCUGAAGUUUUUACAGUUUCUGGGGGUUUUCUCUUCAGUAAUAGAUAACCAAGGUAACUCAAUCGAUUCAGCCGAAUUAUUCGCCAGGAACCCGAGUCGUGCCGGACAAGUUUUACAUCGGGGUGAGGUAUAAAUGCACGUGCAUGUACCUCCUCCAAUUUGCUCGUAGUGAGGUCUCGUGCCAUUGGAGACCCACGGAUGCAUUCGUUACGAGUCGUCUCAAGGGAAGAGGAAGAGAAAGAGGUCUUGCUUGCAUGUCUUUUUAUGGAUUGGCUGUCUGACAUUUGCGACUUGGCACAAGUGUGGGUUUCUGCGUUUUGGUUGACUAAACUUUUUUUCGAUGGAUUUCAGGUUGGCGUAUUUCCUCACCUUUCACCUCACCGGCCCGGGUUCGAUUCCCGGUUAUGUCCACAUGCGAAAUGGGUUAUCAUUCCCCAACUGAUUCCGUGGGUUUUGCACAGAAUUUGGGUUUUCCUCUCAUGGCUAAAAUGUAACUGCUUCUCAUUUUCUCUUUUCAACAGGUUUCUUCAGGCUUGAGAGAUACAAUGCCUGGAGAACUUUUGAUGAAUCCUUGGUUUCCCUGCAAGAAAUACUUAACAAUAAUGAUCAUUCCCUAACUGAUUCCGUGGGUUUUGCACAGAAUUUGGGUUUUCCUCUCAUGGCUAAAAUGUAACUGCUUCUCAUUUUCUCUUUUCAACAGGUUUCUUCAGGCUUGAGAGAUACAAUGCCUGGAGAACUUUUGAUGAAUCCUUGGUUUCCCUGCAAGAAAUACUUAACAAUAAUGAUCAUCUCCAACGUAUGGGGAGUUUUAAGAGCUCGGGAUGUGUUGAAAUUAUGAGGGUUGCUUGAAAUGUAGAUGAAGGAAAAGGAAUUCUCUGUCGCCCUCUCUGUUGGCUGAUAUUGCCAUCAUCUCAGCUCACUGAGGGUAUGUUACUGACUGAGCAUGUUACCAGCAGCACGGGCUGAGCAUGAUUAGGUCGGUCUAAACGUGUCUUCUUACGUUUCAAGGGGUAACAUUGGUCACGAACACCCCUCCCUUUCAAACUUUGAAUCAUCGUGGCAUUUUUGCUGCAUUCUCCGAGGGGCUCGGGGAUCAUGCACACAGUUUUCAAGGGGCAGUAAAAAAAAAUCUGUUGCUGCCUUGUACAUAGCUUUUUUACAUUUCAAAUUUUGGGGGAGGGGGCCAGGGCAUCCUAGGACACGAACUUCCGGAGGGCACGUCCCCCGUGCACCGUGCCUUCCGUCCCCUCGAAGGUGACCUCACUGGUUCUGCAUAAUCUGUUCCCCCCCGUAACCCAUACUUCCCCGUACGUGAAAGGAGCUCGCUUCCAGCAAACAGUCGCUCCAUCCAGUUAGUCAUUCGCCAGAAGCAGUUUGUUGGAACUAUUGGCAAAUAUUUUAACACUUCCAUCUUAUUGAUUUCACUGGUGACAUUAAAUAUCGUGAAUGUACUUUCUCACCUACCACGCGCCAGGUGGUAAAAAUGUAGUUUUUAGUAUUUUAGAAACCACAUGUUGUCCAUUUAUAACCAGUCCAAGUAUACAUGUACAGUGUAAAUAAGCUUGUUUAAUUUGUUGUAUCAAUACACGUUGGCCCACCCAUCGUACGUCAAGCAUUGCAGGCCUUGGGGAAUAGUUCACCGCACCUCUGGCUGCCGUAAACUAAAACCAGUAUUACUGUCAAGGUUAUCGUUCAGCGAGGGAUUAUGCGAAUUCCCAAGCUUAUCUGAUAUUUAUUAGACAGCAUACCAUCGUAAAAAAACCGGCGCAUCUGAAUUGACAACUUAAGCCAACAAUAAAAAUCUCCGGCUCCAUGAUACAAGCUGUGCACAUGCAGCUGGCUCUUCAACCAACUGUUUUAUCGCCAUUUUCCCCUUGGUUCCUGGCAAUAAAUUAUGUAUGCAGUUCUAAGUACUAGGUGCAUCAGGUAAAAAGAGAAGCAAGUAUUUUAGCUUGCGCUUUUGUGUUGGUGAUGUCAGAUACAAAAUUUGUAUACAUGAAAAAGCCUACAAUCCUUGCAGCAUUGUUCAGAGCCGCCCCGUGUAUAUCCCGCCCUCUAUCGAUGAUAACGUACGCAGCUCAAUGGGGAACAUGAGCUCGUCACAUGAACCAAUCGAAGAACAAGGAAAUAAAUACAUGUACAAUGCGAAAAUCAUACUGUACGAUGGCGGAAUGUACCAGAAGAGUAAUGAAACUUAGAGAAUGUUAACUGUAGAGGAAUCCACUGAACUAUAAUGUCCCGAACAUAUUAUAUGAAGAGUAGAUAUUUUUUCUUGUUCGAGCUUUCAAAAUUGUUGGGCUACAGGCCUAUGUCACGCUCGGAGUGACCUUCAAUUCGACCAUGGAGGAAGAAGACUUCCGCCACUAACCCAACAACUUCUGUUAAUGUUUGAUAACUCACGGCGGCUUUCUAUAAAUAUUAAAAUAAAUAAUGUAUGUUUUGUGACAUCUCUGCGCGUGUGUGUGGGUGUGUGUGUGGGGGGGGGGACCUCGCUUUGAUAAACCAUAAGGAUUGGUGACUGACUGCUACAACAUGGAAUAUUUUUAAACAGUGUUCACGAAAUGGGUAACUUAAAUAAAUUAUUUGAUUCACCUUUUGUGCGUCUUCAUACACUUCUUCAAUUUACUAUUUCAUAUCGUUUUGAAGUUAAGUGAAUUGAAAAGUGCAAGCUUUUCCGGACAAAAUGGCUGUUGCUAAUUAUUUGAAUCAGAAAAGACACUGAUCAGUUCACAUUUUCAUAUUUAGAUUUUGAACACAAAAGUUGCUCUUUGAAAACAUUUCCGAAAAAGGUUACUUGCCAUAGGCCUAUACUUACAAAACAAUAAAUUGCCAACGAAAUGGAAAUUUAUCACUGCAAAAUAUAACAAAGACCAGUAUUUUUGUGUAAAAUUCAAUACAACAAUUGGAGUUCAGUGACUGGGAUGACAUCAAGGUUUUGCUCAAGCAUAUGCAAAUUAAAUUAGCAUAAUACCACAAAAGCUCCAAAACACAGAUUCAAAUAGUAAAACAAAAUUGGAAUAAGGUUAAUUAAAACACAAAGAUGCGAUUUCAAGGGUUGUAGUAAAAUAGAUUGAUUGCCUUGUCCCUUUAAAAAGCGACUUAUCUCUGUAGGGUUAUUACAAUCGGCUUUAGGAAUGAAAUUGAUGGGCAGUUUGUAGACUGUAUGCGGUGAACUGAGUCACCACAUAAAAGUAGAACGCAACCCACAAAUCGGUUGGGACAGCCCUCUAAAUUGGACCCUAUUAAUCUUGAAUCAUCAAAUUCCUGCCUCGCGUGUGACUCGUUGAUCGGGUUACCCACCCACCUUCCGCAACGCAUUCAGGGAGAUGAUGAUAGUACAUUGGUGCGAAAGCUCGAUCCUGCUUGAAUGUUUCCUUGACCACAAUGCAGUAUAGGAAGUUGACAAAUUCUACCAUGUAUGCAGGACUAGCACAAACCAGGAUGGGCACUAAGUAUUUAAACACGUGUACUACAAUUAAACAACCGUCACAAGAGGGAAAAUGCCUCAUUCCUGGCAUCUGUGUUGUUUUAUUUCUGUCGAGAGUUUUGACCGCAUAACAACUUGAGCGUGGCAUCAACUGGUGUUGAUGAGACUCACUUCUUACCACGUGAUCGAGAUUUCGGUUUUUCGCCGGACAUUCUAACCUUUAAAACUCCAAUAUAAGUGAUUCACCGUGCAACCAAUAAACGGAUAAACUGCAAUAGUUUUCACAGUUAAGCCAGAUUUCGGUUGUCCCUUUUUGUUCAAGCGUUUUGCUUUGAAAAGAUUAAGCCUUACAAGUGCAGUGAACUUAGGACGCACCAACAAGUGUUUGCUCUUCAGAGGUAGUGUGCCAUUUGUGCAGCAGUGGAUAAGGGUUGUUCGUGAUACCCGCGCUGCGGUCAGAAUGGAUCGUGCGGUUACGUAUAUUGCUAAUUGUGUUGGAUACCUACUCCGCGUCUUCGUCGUUUGGGUGGCAGUGGUGACAUUGUAUAUACAGAUAAACGCCCUGCCAACUCAGAUACCCCCUGCAGUAAUGUAUGGAAUGACUCAGGUCAGGACAAUUGAUGACCUUCUACAGAUGCUAGACCAACCAGUGAAACCAGUGAUACCUGGCCAAGGUAAAAAUUCAGCCUGGGACCUUGAGGUGACUCAGGGCCAGGGAGUCAUUGCUGAUGACGAUGAUGAAGACAGGGAUGAGCAUGAUGGUGAUGAUAGUGAUGAAGACAGUGGAUCUGAAAGACAGAAACCUGUUCCAGCCGUGUUAACAGGUUACCAAAGUCAUCCAAAAACCAUGUUAACUCCUUUACAGUUUUCAUUAGCCGAUUCUAGUAGAAGACCUGUUCAAGAAAUUUCCCGUGUAGAUAGCCCCCAGUCCUCACUCGGCUUGCAAAUAUCUGAUGUAGAGCCACUACCUAGUUGUAUCCCCAGAGAGGCUGUCAUUCAAGUUCUCCCAGAAACCAGCAAGCCUCACGUGAUGUUCUGGCCUGGCUGUGUGACUGUCAAGCGCUGUGGAGGUUGCUGUAAUAGCGAUCUUCAUGAAUGCCAGCCCACUAGAUCAGAAACUGUGCAGGUUAAGGUAGUCCAAAUGGAGUACACUCCCCGAGCAAGACGUUACUUCCAAUUUGAUGGCAUCGUGAUCAGGAAUAUCACUAAUCACACGGACUGCAGCUGUCAAUGCAAGAUUAAACCUCAGGACUGUAACCCUGUCACCCAGGUCCAUAAUAACUGUCAAUGUCAGUGUAAGAAGUUGGUCAGCUGCCCUGCUAGGAAGCUGUGGGAUCCUGUUAGAUGUCAGUGUGUGUGUAUCACCUCACAACAGGACAGAAGAUGUCUUAAGAGACAAGAGUGGGAUGACAACUCAUGCAGUUGUACAUGCAGGAAAGAUUUAGAAGCCAGCUGCAGGCCCCCACACUGGUUCAACCGGAGACGGUGCAAGUGUCAAAGAAGGUCAACAUGAACAGUUGUGGGACAUGUGUUGAAUCAAUGUCAACUUUGAACGUUUAAGUGAAUUGACAGGUGGAUGUGGUGUUCUAAAAGUACCAGAGUGUCGGUUUUACUGGCCAAAUUGUGGAGGUAAAUAUCUACUGAGAAGUUGCAGUGGCCUAAUAAACAGGUUGUUAUUGAUGGAGUUGGUGAGCAAAAUAAUACCUGUUUUUGACACACCAUUUUCAUGCUCAUUGUGAUAUUGGACAUAAACAACCACUCAGCUCAGGUUAUUUGUGAAAGUUUACUAGAUAUCAGUUUCCUUGGAUUUGAAGGAUUUUUUUAUAUCAACCACAUUUGAGAAGUAUCAGAGUACAGUACCUCAGUGAUAUCAAGUCUACCAUCUGAACCAUUUCGACGCAAAUUUUAAUGUUUGUCUCUGGCACCGGAGAGUUUUGCAAAUUCUCCUUGAGCUAAAAUAAUUAUGUAGUUAAUGCUACAUGCAGUUCCAGCUUAAUUUAUCUUUUGUACAAAAAGAAACUUCCCACAGUGUAU